AUGGACGAGCCCUGCGACCUCCCGACCCAGGACCUGUGGGCCAGCUAUGGCCAAGACUUUACUGAAAUCAGCCAGAAGCUGCCAGGCGAAUACUUCAAGUACAAGGGCAUCCCCUUCCCCGUGGGCCUGUACUCACCUGACAGCAUCAGCCUGGUGGAGAACAGCACCGACGUGCGUGACGACGACAUCUUCAUCAUCACCUACCCCAAAUCAGGCACCAGCUGGAUGAUUGAGAUUGUCAGCCUGAUCCUGAAAGAUGGGGACCCCUCCUGGAUCCGCUCAGUGCCCAUCUGGGAGCGGGCGCCCUGGUGUGAGACGGUCUUGGGUGCCUUCAGCUUGGAGGACCGGCCCAGCCCUCGCAUCAUGAGCUCCCACCUCCCCCGGCAGUUCUUCAACAAGGCCUUAUUCAACUCCAAGGCGAAGGUGAUCUACCUGGGUCGGGACCCGCGGGACGUGGUCGUCUCCCUCUAUCACUACUCCAAGAUCGCCGGGCAGCUGAAGGACCCUGGCAAGCCUGACCAGUUCCUGCAGGACUUCCUCAAAGGCGAGGUGCAGUUCGGCUCCUGGUUUGACCACAUCAAGGGCUGGAUUCGGAUGCAGGGACAGGAAAAUUUCCUCUUCCUGACCUACGAGGAGCUUCAGCAGGACCUGGAGGGCUGCGUGAGGCAUGUGAGCGAGUUCCUGGGCCGACCGCUGGGCGAAGAGGCACUGGGCUCUGUGGUGGCACACUCAGCCUUUGGUGCCAUGAAGACCAACACCAUGUCCAACUACACACUGCUACCCCCCAGCCUGCUGGACCACAGCCAGGGGGCCUUCCUCAGGAAAGGGGUCUGUGGGGACUGGAAGAACCACUUCACCGUGGCGCAGAGCGAGGCCUUCGACCGCGUCUACCGCAAGCAGAUGCAGGGGCUGCCCACCUUUCCCUGGGACAAGUGCCCGGAGGCCGCCAGCCCGGACCCCGAGCCCAGCCCCAGUCCUAGCCAGGUCUCCAAGCACCCCGACCCGUGA